AUGGCGAUCCGACAAUACACCCGCGAGCAACUCAUCUUCCUGCGCGACUCAUCGCUCGUCGCCAAACCGGACAACUUGCCUGCGAUCGAGCAGUGGAUAGAGUAUGUGUACUUGGACCAUGGCGAUGGCGUGAGGGAGAAGCUAAGGAUUCCUCAUAGUGACAAUGCGACGAAUGGUAGUGUUCAGCAGGCCAAGCAGCCGGGGAGCAAUAAGGGCGGCAGGUUGGGGGGAGGCGCUGUGAGUGAGAGCAGUCCCAUGGGGAGCUUCUCGACAGGACGGCCGACUAUGACGGGAGGUAGAGGAAGAGCAGAUAGGGGUGAGUACCUUGUGAGAUAUGGUACGAUCAUUCGUGAUGCUGAUUCGAGUGUGCGCACAGAGGACAUUUCGCUUGGUCCGCCGAGGACGGUAUUUGCAUCGAGCAGGAACACCGUACCAAAGUUAUCGGACUUUGAACGAAGCUCAGGAGAUACAACAAGUUUAACUUCCCGCGGCAUCAAUCGCAAAAGUAUGAACAACGAGAACGAAGGAGCCAGGCAUGAGAGGGAUAGCUGGAUGCUUGCGCGUGAGAAGAGAGAAGAGCACAGAGAGCGCGGAUUCGGCAGACAUGACAAGGAGGACGGCGAGCGACGCAAUGGAUUUGGCGAUAGGCAUGAUCCGAGAUGGAGCAGCAACCGAGAGGAUCGACGCAACGGUGACAGACCAGCAGGUGGUUGGCGCGAAAGAGAACAGCAAAAGCGCGACCAACGUGAUGGGGACAGGGGUCACGCAGAGAAGGAGCCUGAAUGGAUGGAGAACGAUCCGCUGGCGAAACAGGAGCAGGAACUGGGCUUUGAUAUGGACAGUGGAGCUCGCACGCAAGAGGAUUUCCAGAAGUGGAAGGAGAGCAUGAAGAAUAAGAAGCCCAAGGGAGUAGAGCCGGAAGCAAAGCCUGUUCAGGAGACACCUGUGCAGGCUGCACAACCUCCGCCUCCAGCACCUGAGCCGAAAGCCGGCGUUGCGCCUUUGAAACUACAGGAAGGCUUUGAGGGAGGACUCUUCAGCGGUUGGAGCGGAAAUGCGACAGCGAAUCCAGUGUCCACGCCAGGAGCGACUGGCUCGAUCAAGCCGACCACGGGCAAGCCAAAAACGAGCCGAUUUGCGUCCAUGUUCAAGCCCGCGGCCGAAGAACCACCACAUCCACCUCCUGAGGAGACGAAGGUCCAACAAGCAGCAAAUGCGAUGGCGAAAACCUCAGCCGAAGAACAAGAGGGGUUUAACAGAGUGUUGCAGAUGCUUGGUUCCGCGAAGAUUGCACAAGAGCCACCUGCGCAGCCGCCGCCGCCGCCGCCGCAAGAGUCUGCUCCUUCGUCGCCUCUUCCUGUGAAGACCAGUGGGCAGAAUGGCACAUCCGCGAAACCUAAGAGCCGUUUCACGAGUAUGUUUGCUCAGAAGUCCCCGGCGCCGCAAUCUCCACAGGCAGGCAACGUUCCUUUCGGAGGCGACAGCAUGUUUGGCAACGAGGGUCGUAACGUGGGCGACGAGUCUGCGAAUGGGUUCAUGGCCCAGCGACAGGAACAGCAGAUUCCCAGAACCCAGGGAAUCGAUGCAGCCACGCCAGCAGAACCGAGUGGUAUUCCAUUCAACGCUUUGAGAGAGCAGCAGCCACGGCCAAUGUCUGGUCGCAACAACCUCCAAAUGUUUGAUCCUCCUUCAAGGGGAGCUGCGUCUCCAGAGAUCAAUUUGCAGAAUCUACUCGCGCAACAGAGGCAUCGACAAGGCCAGCCUAGCCAAGAAAGUCAGCAGCUGCUCAACUUGCUGCGAGCGAAUGGAGGGACCAACUCGCGACCACACUCGCAGCAAGCUUUGCCUAACAACGGUGCCAUGACCGAAGCAGACCUGCAGCGCUUUCUGCAGAAUCAGCACCGCUCUCCUAUGCCACAAGAGCCACAUGCGCCUAAGCCUCGGGUGCCCCAACAAGCUGCCGGUAUGUUCGAAGAGCAGCUGAUGAGAAACUUUCCUCAAGAUCAGAGCCGUCCAGACCAAGGCAUGAUGCAGGGAAUGCCAGACAUGCCCCAGCGCCGGACAUCUCAGCGCGCGCCUCCCGGCUUCUACGACGAUCCUAGCUUCAUCCAGCAACAGCAACAGCAACAGCAGGCAAUGCGUCGUCCGUUCCAAGAUGGUCCGCCCCAGCCACCUCAACCUCAGCAGCUUCCACCGGGCAUUGGAGUCGGACCCAACCGUCGCAUGAGUGGUCACCCCAAUUUGCCGCAAAUGCAAAUACCUCAAGGAGGCGCUCAUCCGCAACAACAAUUUGGCGGUCCCGACUUCCAUCAACUCACUUCUCCAGUUGGAGGAAGUGGUGGUCCGCCUCCGCCAGGCUUCAAUCCUAAUAUGCCUCGCCAUCCACCUGGUUUCCAUAACAUCAACAUUUUCCAGAACCAGGGCCAGCAGCCUCAACAGGUACCCCGGGGUGCUGAAGGACCGCCGCCCCCUGGAUUUGGAGGCAACGGAUUGCAGAGUCCACCUGGUACUAACGCGCCUCCUGGAUUCUUUGGCGGGCCUGGCGGAGGUAUGGGUGGUCCGCCGCCUGGCUUUCCGCCUAUCCGGAGUCCGAUGGAAGGCGGUGGUUUGCCGCCUGGUUUUGGAAUGCAGAGGAGGUAG